AUGGACCCCCCUAACAUGCGAGCAGGCCCUUUGAGCGCCAGCCUUGUGCGAGAUGGCGUGUCUGGAAGAGCCCGUUGCUGUGUGGUCUGUCCUUUGCUCUUCACUCCCAUCUGUUCUCCAACAGCCAGUUAUUUUGCAGAGUUACAAGACACCACGAUUAGAAAGAUGGGCCGAUGCUGUCCUAGGCGUGUGUCGCGGCCACGCCUCCCCUGCCUCUUCCCUGGGGCCGGGGAGAGGAGGCGUGGGGUGCCCUGUCGUUCAAGGCUCCUUCCUAGCUUUGCUCUGAAGGACAUCAGGGACACGCUGAGGGCAUCGCCGCCCUUCAGGCCCCCCUCCCUGCGGCUGUCAUCCAACGCUGCGUCCUCUCUGGAUGGGCACGUAGUCUUGAGCAAUCCGAAGAAGCGGAACGCGCUGUCACUUGCGAUGCUCAAGUCCCUCCGAAACGACAUUCUUCAUGAGGCGGAAAGCAAAGAUCUGAAAGUCAUUGUCAUCUCAGCCGAGGGGCCUGUGUUCUCUUCUGGGCAUGAUUUAAAGGAGCUGACGGAGGAACAAGGCCAUGGUUACCACGCGGAAGUCUUUCAGACCUGUUCUGAGGUCAUGAUGCUGAUCCGGAACCACCCCGUGCCGGUCAUCGCCAUGGUCAACGGCCUGGCCACGGCUGCCGGCUGUCAGCUGGUGGCCAGCUGCGACAUCGCCAUGGCCAGCGACAAGGCCUCCUUCGCCACCCCUGGUGUGAACGUCGGGCUCUUCUGCUCCACCCCCGGGGUCGCCUUGGGGAGAGCAGUGCCUAGAAAGGUCGCCCUGCAGAUGCUGUUCACCGGGGAGCCCAUCUCCGCCCAGGAGGCCCUGCUGCACGGGCUGGUCAGCAGAGUGGUCCCGGAGGGGCAGCUGCAGGAGGAGACCAUGAGGGUGGCGAGGAAGAUCGCCUCCCUGAGCCGCCCAGUGGUGACCCUGGGUAAGGCCGCCUUCUACCGGCAGCUGCCCCAGGACCUGAGGACAGCCUACCACCUCACCUCCCAGACCAUGGUGGACAACCUGGCCCUGCCAGAUGGGCAGGAGGGCAUCACGGCCUUCCUCCAGAAGAGGAAGCCCAUCUGGUCCCACUGAGCCAGUGUGGACGGGGUGUGGAGGCCUAGGCAGCACCCAGGAGGUCACUUCUGCCUCGGGGCCUGGUCACACCAUGACCUUGUAAUUUCAGACGCCAGAUGGGUGGCUCUGAUGGCAUGAAUGCUGGCUUCACAGCGCGUGGCCUGUGUUAAAAGCCAUGGUUUCAUGGGGAGUGGAUGAAAUGGAGGAUAGAAGUUGGCAAACCCCGCGAUGGCCAGCCAGGGAGGAAACCUGGCGUUUGGGACACUCCUUCCCACACCGUAAGCGAGCGGCCACCCUUCCAGAGUGGAGGCAGGACUGAGGCAGGACCCACCCUCGCCAAGGACUCAAGAGACAUAAAACAUUUCAACUCUCCAUGAGACAGUCUCCACGCAGAAAAUCUCCUUGAUUCUGUAGAGAAAUAAUCAUGCCUAUGGCCUUGGAAUACUCUUAUGUGAUUUAAAUAGAUUAAGUAGGUGUGGAGACUGGUCACUUGA